AUGGAUAAAUGUACUGCAAUUACUGAUUGCCAAACAUCAGCUGAUAAGGAUCACAAUACUGGAUUUGAUAAAGACUCUGAAACAGCUAUAACUAAAAAUAAAAGAAAACGAUCGCUAACCGAUCGUAAAACGUGUGUUGUCGAACGUUGUUACCAAAACGAAAUAGGUGUUAACAAGGAUAAAAAAUGGCAAGAGAUAAACGAGAUAUUUGAGAGCAAAGCGUCUCAAAUAGAAGAAGCAAGAUUCGAAAUUAUACUUGUUCAAUCCGGUUGUGAAAGAAUGAUCCAAAAUGGGCCGUACUGA